CCCAGUGUGACGGCUGCUAGCUCAAGCAAUCGAGGGCGACGAUUGUGAGAUACAUAUAUGAGCAGCCACUCCCUAACUUGGCUUGAUUUUUCUCAGAUCUCAUACCAAACACAUCACACAAAAUGGCACCUUCAGCAACUUCUCACGCCCCUGACGGCCAAGCUAGCAGCGAUAUCCAUCGCGAUUACAACGAUGAUCGCAAUGCAUCGUCCGAGGACACCCUCUACACAACCACCAAUGGUGUCCCUGUGCCUCACCCCUACGAGGUGCAGCGUGUCGGCGAGAACGGACCUCUCCUUCUGCAGGACUUCCACUUGAUUGAUCUCAUCUCUCACUUCGAUCGCGAGCGUAUUCCCGAGCGUGUUGUUCACGCCAAGGGUGGUGGCGCCCACGGUAUCUACCGCACUACCGACCCUCUGGAUGACCUCUGCAUGGCCGACAUCUUCCAGGCCGGCAAGGAGUGUCCCAUCACGGCCAGAUUCUCGACUGUUGGUGGCGAGUCCGGCUCACACGACUGUGCCAGAGACCCUCGUGGUUUCUCUGUCAAGUUCCGCACCGACGAGGGCAACUGGGAUGUUGUCGCAAACAACACUCCCGUCUUCUUCUUGAGAGACCCCGCCAAGUUUCCUCUCUUCAUCCACACCCAGAAGCGUGAUCCCGCCACCCAUCUGACCCACGCCGAUGACUCGACCAUGUUCUGGGACUACUUGUCUCAGAACCCCGAGUCUGUUCACCAGGUCAUGAUCCUCAUGGGCGACCGCGGUAUUCCUGAGAACUGGCGCAAGAUGCACGGCUACUACGGACACACCACCAAGCUUGUCAACAAGAAGGGUGAGUGGGUCUACGCUCAGAUCCACUUCAAGUCUAAGCAGGGUACUGGCUUCAUCACCCAGGAGGACUCCAACAACUACUCCCCUGAUGCUCACCAGAAGGAUCUGUACAACGCCAUCGAGAACGGCGACUUCCCUAGCUGGGAUGUCAAGGUCCAGACCAUGACUCCCAAGGAGGCCGAGGAUCUGUGGGAGAACCAGAAGAUCAACGUCUUCGAUCUUACCCACGUCUGGCCCCAGGGUCAGUUCCCCCUCCGCAAGGUCGGAGAGUUUACUCUGAACGAGAACGUCAAGAACUACUUCGCCGAGAUUGAGCAGAUUGCCUUUAACCCUGCCCACAACCCUCCCGGUAUUGAGCCUUCAGCCGACCCUGUCCUUCAGUCGCGUCUCUUCUCAUACCCCGACACCCACCGUCACCGCAUCGGUGUCAACUACCAGCAGUUGCCCGUCAACGCUCCCCGCACACCCUACAGAAUGGGCAACUUCAACAGAGAUGGAGGCAUGGCAUUCUACAACCAGGGUUCGCGUCCUGCCUACCUUUCCUCAAUUGAGCCUGUGCAGUUCCGCAAGCGUACUCUCGACCUCGACAGAACCCACGGUCACUUCUCAGGAAAGGCUGUUACCUUCCUUUCUGAAAUUCGUGAGGAGGACUUCAAUGCUCCUCGUGCCCUGUGGGAGAAGGUCUUUGACGAUGGUGCCAAGGAGCGCUUCAUCAAGAACGUCUCCGGUCACAUGAGCACCUGCCGCAAGGAGGAAAUCAUCAAGCGCCAGAUCACCAUCUUCCGCAUGGUUUCCGAGGACCUCGCCAGUCGCCUGGAGAAGGCCACUGGUGUCAAGGGCUACGAAUCCAUCAGAGGAAUGACCUUCAACGGAACCCACAACGGCUUUGCCACCGAUGAGAGUAACAAGUACGCCAACGGCCAGGUUCCCGUCAAGGUCUCCAGCAGCGUGGCUGCCAACAACGGUGCCCCCAGAGCCGGUACCCACGAGGAGUACUACAAGUAAAGAGUACGAGUAAUGUAUAGAUAGCAAAGUUUUUAUGAAUGAACGAAUGAUAUUUUUCAGCUUCAACAAUG